AUGAAUUUGGAGCAUCCUGAUCACAUUUUAGAAGAAGUUAAUAGAGAAGAGUUAGAUAUGCCAACAAAUAUGGAGGAGGAUGAGGAGGAAACUUUCGAAGAGGAUGAAUGGAUAGAUGAGGAGGAAACUUCCGAAGAUAAUAUGGUAGAUAAAGACAAGGGUAAAUCAAAAAAAUCCGAUAAUUCGAAAAAGAAAUUUAAGGCCAAUGCUAUGAGAAGGCCCACUGGGGUCGUGAUAUCUGAUGAGCCCUUUCGAGUUAAUAUUUCAAAAAGAGCCUCAGUUUCAACUACUCACUCGACACACCAGUCACAUAAUGCCUCUAUUCAUGUGGCUCCACAAUCUGGUUAUACUAUAUCUACACCCACUGUGGUACCUAGUUCGGGUUAUCAAACAUUGCAGGGCUAUUCACAUCUUGGUCGUGGGUCUAACAUACCAUCAACUAGUGCUAGUCAGUGUAAUAGUUUGAACACUAGUAGUGGAUCAAUUGGACUUUCCAAUCUUCAUAUUGAAUCCAAUGGCUCAGAGCCUAAUACUCCUACCACCCAGCACUCAGAUGCACAUGGUCCUCGGCCAGGCGAUAGAGACAAUUUUCGGAGACUCGUCAUCGAGCCAUUAGGAUACAACUUACGUCCGGAUGUGGGUAUGGCAAAGAUUAUUUUAAAGUGCAUCGAAACUCACUAUAAUGGUGUGUAUCCGAAUUGGAGUUCGAUUCCACUUAACAACCAAGGGCAGAUGUUCAAUGAAUUUAAGAAAUAUUAUGUAUGGGCUCCCGAACAUGAGGAUGACGUUCAAGUGAACUUCAAGCUUAAAGCUUCAAAGUUGCUUUCUAGCACAUUUUGUGAUUGUCGAAAAAAAAAUAGAAUGCCUAAGUUUAUGUUUCCGGAGCGAUGGGCUUUGUUACUGAAACAUUGGAGUACUGAUGAAAAAUUUAAAAAGAGGAGUGAGAUUGGGAAGAUGGCUCGCGCAUCAGAAAAGGGAGGCUCUUUGCACACUGGUGGAGCUAUUAGCCAGGUUACUAGGAAGGAAAGAAUGGAAAAAGAGUUGGGUAGGCCAGUAGCUGUACCAGAGAUGUUCAAGGUUACUCACGUCAAGAAGAGUACGAACCCCACAGAAGAAGAAAGAUGGAUUGAGCCACGUGCUCAAGAGACAUAUGAUAGGUAUAUGCAAAUAUCUCAGGAAUAUCGUAGUACUCUACCUCUUGAGAGUCAGGACAGACCAUUUACACAAGAAGAAAACGAGAAUCUUUGGAAACAGAGUGCUGGUAAACCGAUUAGAGGUUCAGUCUACGGCUAUCCAGAAAAGGCGUAUCAGAAGAAGAAGUCUUGGUAUUGUGGUUCAUCAUCCUCAAGCUUUGAUGGUGGGGAUAGAGAGACAAUAUCUGCAAUGGAGAGUAAGAUAACAUAUCUCAAUGCCGAGCUUGCUGCUGUAGCCGAAAGAGAGAAGAAGAGAGAAGAAAGAGAGAAGAAAGAGAGAAGAAGAGAGAGGAGGAGAUUGCGGCAGCAAAGGAGGUAGAGAACAAGAGGUAUGCAGCGCUUCAGGCCCAACUAACUUUUCUUUUUGAAUCAGGAAAUAUUCUUCCUCCAUGUCCGGCUAGCAGUGAUGGAUCUGAUCAGGAGGGUGAUGAGAAUGAUAAGGAGAGUGAGGGUGAUGAAGAGUAGUUGUAUCUAUUUGACAUUUUAGACUUCUAUAUUUUUAGAAUUGUUUAAUUUGAUCGUAUUUUAGUUUACUUUGAAAUAGUUUGUAUAUGUUGAAAAUAUUGUGUUGUUUUGGUUGGAUGAAGUUUAUUUGGCUUUGGGUUGUUUUGGUUGGAUGAAUUUUA